AGUCAAACGAACACACACACACACACACACACGGACUGUUAGCUGUGGAGCAGUGGAUGGACGCGGUGAGUGCCUCUGACUGGAGCAGUUCGAUCUGAGGCUCAUCUAAGGUCCAGUCUUCACCGAGUCCGGGCUCCGAGUGUCGGGAUCCUGCUGCCGUCCGCCUGCUGAGGACAUGGGGGACAAGGCGGGAACCAGAGUCUUCAAGAAGUCGAGCCCCAACUGUAAGGUGACGGUGUACCUGGGUAAGAGGGACUUCGUGGACCACCUGGACCAUGUGGACCCAGUGGAUGGUGUCAUCCUUGUUGACCCCGAGUAUCUGAAGGACAGGAAAGUCUUCGUCACGUUGACCUGUGCCUUUCGUUACGGCCGUGAGGACCUGGACGUCCUGGGUCUGUCCUUCAGGAAGGACCUGUACAUCUCCACCUUCCAGGCUUUUCCUCCGGUGCCCGAGGAGAGAAAAGCCAACAGUCGACUGCAGGAGCGGCUGCUGAAGAAGCUGGGCCAACACGCCCACCCUUUCUACUUCACUAUCCCACAGAACCUGCCCUGUUCAGUCACUCUACAGCCUGGACCAGAGGACACAGGGAAGGCCUGUGGAGUGGACUUUGAGAUCAGAGCCUUCUGUGCCAAGUCUGUAGAAGAGAAGAUCCACAAGAGGAACUCGGUGCGUCUGGUCAUCAGGAAGGUCCAGUACGCUCCAGAGAAACCUGGUCCUCAGCCCAUGGUGGAGACCACACGCAGCUUCCUGAUGUCUGACCGGUCACUGCACCUGGAGGCUUCUCUGGACAAGGAGUUGUAUUACCACGGUGAACCCAUCAGCGUCAACGUUCACGUCACCAACAACUCCACUAAAACAGUGAAGAGAGUGAAGAUCUCUGUGCGUCAGUACGCGGACAUCUGUCUCUUCAGCACGGCUCAGUAUAAAUGUCCUGUGGCUCAGCUGGAGGCCGAUGACCAGGUGUCGUCCAGCUCCACCUUCUGUAAGGUCUACACUCUGACCCCGACGCUGGACAAAAACCGAGAGAAGAGAGGACUGGCUCUGGACGGAAAACUGAAGCACGAGGACACCAACCUGGCCUCGUCCACCAUUGUGAAGGACGUCACCAACAAAGAGGUUCUGGGAAUCCUGGUCUCGUACAGAGUCAAGGUCAAACUGGUGGUCUCACGUGGAGGGGACGUCUCAGUGGAACUCCCCUUCAUUCUAAUGCAUCCUAAACCGGUGGAGCCUCCGAUGUCGCGCCCACAGUCUGCUGUCCCAGAGAUGGACCCGCCCAUCGACACCAACUUGAUAGAAUUUGACACAAACAUCUCCCAGGACGAUGACUUUGUCUUCGAGGACUUUGCUCGUCUGCGACUCAAAGGUGUCAUGGACGACAAGGACGAGGACUGCUAGGAGAUCGCAGACUCUUCGUACGCUCGCUUCAAACACACCAAACACACACACACGCGCGCACACACACACACACACACAGAUUCACGUUACAUUCCCAGGUGGAGGGGACAGAAUAGGGCGCGUUUGGAAAGUGGCCUGGUGGAGGUCGGGCGGAGUUCUCCCUCUCUCGCUUCUGACGUUUGUCGCCAACGCUGCCAUGUUCCGAGGCUAGCCUUCUCCAUCGUCUUCUCUGUUGCUGCACAUUUGCCUUUUUUUUUUGUUUUGGCUGAAGAUCGGUGAAGUUGAGCGGCCGUGGGACAGACGAUGGCGCUGUGUUUGUAGUCAGGGACGUGGGCGGUGUGGGCGGGGCUAAGUCGGAGGGCGUGCGUGUUUGAGACUGAUUUUCUUUAAGAAACCACAUGUAGGAAGCUGUAGAGUCGGAACGGAGUUUGUCUGCUUUUCCUUUCUGACGUGUUCUGAAUGUUCGCCGUUACCUGCGUCUUGCUGAAACAGGAAGUAUAUAUUUGAAACAUAGAAGAAGAAACUAAUCUGCGAGACGCCUGCGUUUGCCGCUUUUCUUCACGUAAACACUGUAAAUGCUUUUCACGUCGCAAAGGGAGGAGAAACGUUGACACUCACACACAACAGUCUUACACAGUGACAUCACCAGCAUCCACCGCCACCUCACUUCCUGUUUUCAUUUAUUCCCACGUGUCGUUCACGAUCAUUCCAGACUUUUCUCUUCAACAUCGUUCACGACAAGUUUCAGACUUGAGACGUUCGAUGUUUAGCCUCAUUUCUUGACUGACCAAUCAGGCACCAGUCACCUGUACUAAAGACAACCAGCAGGGGGCAGGUUGUCUGUGACUCCAAAUGCAUCCAGCCAUCAGAGGGCAGUGUUUAUGACCUGCCAGCAGGGGGCUGUUUCCACCUUUGUUUCCAGGCCUGGUUUUGCGUUUUCCUGCUGUUUCUUCAAAUAUAAAAGUUUGUUGAUUUAAACGGAGACGAUGAAUCUGUGGAAGUAGGUUUUAGUGUUUAGUCAAAGGUCAAAGGUGAACAAGGCUACGUUCACCUCUUAGGGGGUUUAGCCGUUGGUCAGACGUCUGAUUGGCUGAUGAUUGACGUUGACUCAUCCGUGUGCUGGGAGGGAAACGCUGUGACCUUUGGUUUAUUGUCGUCUCCGUUCCCUGGAUCUGACUUUUUUAAUCUCCAAACUGAUUUUGUGCCUUUUGUGUCUCGUUGUUGCCAAAGUCGGUGCAGUGACGCGUUAGCCCCCGAUCAUGACGUCAAAAAGACGAACUCUGAUGUAACUCUUUCUGCCUUGGCUGCUGCUGCUGAGAGAAGCAGCGUCAGAGGGACUGUCAGCUGACACUGCCUCCUAUUGGCUAAAACUGUGAAGAGCUGUCACCGUGACAGAGUUACACCGGUCAACACGUGCCCUGGUUUGGGGUAAAAAAAAAAAAAAUUAAAUAAAUAUGCAGUUUAGAAUCCUCCGUCCUGACACAGAACGAUUAAAAAGAUCUAUUUUUUUUUCUUUCAUUUCUGCCAAUAAAACCUUCCAAAGGUUGAGUCCCAGUUUGGAUGUAGUUUCCAGGUUCAAACUUGAAGCUGGUGCCAUGAAAAAAAAACGAGGAGAUGAUUUAAACUUCAAUGAACCAAACGCUCCCAGUGUUUCCCCCUAGUGACCACAGUUGAAUUCACACUCUGACGUCAAGCUUUUCUGCAGCUCCGUCAGCACUGGAACUGUUCAGCGCCACCGUGUGGUCAUUGUUGACUUGUCACAGCAGCACUUUUGUCCAACAUCCCACCAAACCGCACUCUCUUAUUUAAGUUCACUCGCGACAUUUCUGUGCAACUCUUCGCUCAUCUUGUCGUUAAAAACUUGUUUUCGUAAAUUCGUGACGUACAAACUGCCAAACGCCGCCUCCCCUUUUUCCCGCCUUCACUCAGAGUCACUGACGCUGCGAAAACCAGAAGGGAAGUAGAAGAAAUCGACAGGAAGCAUGUGUUUGGUUAUUUUCCCUUGUUUUUUUCUUACGCAGUGCUGUGAAUCGUACGAGCUGUGAUUCUGUCCUUACGUUGUCGUGCGUCUGUGGGGUAACUUUUGCUAAGUGUGAAAAUAUUUUUGACAAAGUGCCACGCCCCGGCCUGUGCGAUGCUAAACAUGUCUAUAAAAACCUUGAGGUGAUUUCUCUGCAGGUGGCGCCACCACCACAAAAGAUAAAGUUCUGAUGAUGAUGAUGAUGAUGAUGAUGAUGAUGAUUCUUAUUAUGGUGACUAUUAUCUACUGUAUCAUUUGCAACAUGAUUAUCCUCAUAAUCAUUUAAGAGUCUAUUGUUUCACCUUGUAUUUUUUAUUUUGAGAUUUUUAUUUUAGGUUUCUUUUUAUUAAAGUUUAAAUGAACUAACACAG